AUGAAGGAGCCAAGUGCUGAAAGUCUCAAGAUCCAAUUGGAAGCGCUUGUUAAAGUCUUAAACAAUUUUGCAUCCAUUCCUCAACUAUGUUUGAGCAGCAAACAGCAGGUAUGUGAGCAGUAUGUUAUGUAUUGGGCAACAGUCUUCUUCAAUGUUGAUGUUCUUGACCCACUGGAUCUCUGGCCACCUAUGAAGAACCUCAAGCAAGAUGAGGCCAAGGACCUGUUUCCACUCAUUGAACUAUGCUUAACCUGUCCAUAUGGAAAUUCAGUGUGUGAAUAAUUUAUUUCAUACUUGUGGUGAAAACGGACUGGCGUAACAGGCUAAAUUAAUCAAAUCUGACUGAUCUAUUGCAUAUCAAAGUGACUGGUCCCAAUCUUAAAGAGUUCAAUGAAGAAUUCUGUGAUGUAGCAAUUAUCCCCUUGAAUGAUGCAAAGAGAAGAAGACCCAACCAGACAAAGACUUGCAAGGGAAGCAAACAAACUAGAGCAAAGGAGAAAAAUGAAUAUCUCAAAGACUGGCUGGUUGAUGUUGUGGAUGAAGCGUCCUCAACAGAGAGCGAAUUUGAAAACACUGAUAAUGAACCAAACAAUGAAGAUCAUGUCGUCAUGCUUGAAGAUUCAGAACAAGAGACAAUAUAUAGUGUUGAAGAUGAUCCCCUUGAUUGUGGUAUGAGAAGCUCAUCUGAAGCGGAAUCUGACUAG